GUUAAUUCGAUACGUUUGGACAAUAAAGAAAUAAGUGUUUCCAGAAUUUUCUAUACAUUAAAUUUACAUUAAAGGAAAAUGUUUUCCGUACAAGUGGUUACCUUGAUAUUAUUAUACUGUUUUCUGGAUGGAAUUUCAACUCAGGGAAUAACUGAAAUAGAAUCGAAGUUGGAAAAAUUAAUUGGGACUUUGAAAAGGACGGCAAAUAGGUACAAUAAUAAAUCGCAAAAUGUAGAUAUUAUUGAAACUUGGCUUCAGAAACCAUUUAACGAUUUGAAAAAACAGUGUGAAGAUAAAAAUGAAAAUGAAUUAGAAAAAAAAUUGGGAUAUUAUAAUGAAUCAUUAUUCAAUAUUACAAGUUUAGUUUAUAAAAAAAAUUAUACCUCCACUUAUUAUCAUCCCAUGGUUUUUAAUUUAUGGGCGAAGAUGCUGGAAUUUGUUUCUUAUGGAGUCGAAAAUUGCUUGGAACAGAAUGGUUUUCACUGGAAUUCGAAUGAUAAAUUUUAUCUAAUGAGUAAAAUUUUGUAUGAAAUUGCCAACAGAAUGUCAUCUGUAAAUCAUUUAACGGAUGAAGAUUAUGAAUGCACGGAGAACAUGUCACCUGAAAUUUGGGCAUGUAAGCAGUCUAUGGAAUUAGAAAGUGAAGAAUCAUUAUUCAGUGCACUUUUAGGGGAACUUAAACCCUCAUUUGGAAGAUGCGAGGAGAAUCUUGAGGUGAAAAAAUGUGUUUUGGGUGCCUAUAAGAAAUGCAGCAAAAGGUUCAUCAACGUGUAUAAAAUUAUGAUUAGCCCUCCAGGAUUCGCACUUGCUUGCAAAAAUCUUGAAAAUUUGUAAUAUUGUAUUUUUAAAAUAGGAUGAAAAAAUAAUUUUUUUAGAUUAAAUAAAAAAAGAUAUUCUGCUCAAUAUGGAAAUCUUAUAGUUAUCAAUAUUUGGAGAAGUUUAGGCAGAUAGCUGUCUCGAUGAUAAUAUAUUCAUUCACUUCCAUUUAAUAGACAGUCGCCGAAAAUA